AUGACGCAAACUACAGUACGUCUGGUACGUGAGUAUAACAUGGAACGGGAUACCGAAAUUUGAAAUUGAACGGAAGGAGAAAUUUGCAAGUAUAAUAUUAUUCAGUGGACAUUGUUGACUGGUGUUACGGUAAUUGAAAAGCAAGAAUAGUGAAAUUGCUUAAGAAAAAUACAAUGUAAAAGAACACAAAUAAACGAUAUUCUUGAAACUAUUAGGUUGUUAACUUAAUUCUGCGCCUUCUCUCAACAAAUUCGUGGGUAAGGAAGCGCAGAAUUAUGUGAACAACCUAAUAGAUAUAGAAAAGCACUAUCAUUGGGCAAUUUGUGGUUAUAUAAUGACAAAUUGAACAUCAUUUGAUAGUUGGCUUCGGACCGAUUCGCAAAACGAUUAAAAAAAGGACUAAUAGUUAAAAAAUAGUUUUUAAAAUUGGGUUACAAGCCUGUAAACAUAAAUUUUUUUUUGAUUUUUACUUUCUUUUUCUCCCCCCUCUCCUCUAUCUUUCUUAUUUUACCCCCCUUCCCUUCUCCCACUUGAAAAAGAUUUUAGUUAAGCUUUUGUUUCCAACUAUUUAUAUCGUGUUUCUUGAUGUUUACUGCUACUUUUAUACUCUUGUAGUUACUAUACAUUCAACAGUGCUAUUUAUAGCCUUUUCUUAGACGUUUGCACUACUAAAGAACACUUUUAUAACAUUUUAUAGUACCCGAUGGGAUAAAACCACGCUUUUUUGUUUUUCAAUCCUAAUUCUUCUUUUUUCAGGGUCAAAAAGAAGUCACUGCCAAACAAAUUCGUGACGUGUUAGCCCUGAACAUUGGUCGUCCCGCUGGUGCACACGCUCCAACUCCAGCACCAGGCGCCGCACCAGGUGCACCACCACCACAGAAUGGCCAACACUUCCCGGGCCAACAAUUCCAGCGGCCAGGAAUGCCAAUGGGACCAGGUGGACAACAGUUCCCAGGCCAGCAAAUGCCAGGACAGCAAAUGCCAGGCCAGCAAAUGCCAGGCCAGCAAAUGCCAGGCCAGCAAAUGCCAGGUCAGCAGAUGCCAGGACAGGGCUUUCCAGGACAGGGCUUGCCAGGACAAGGAUUCCCAGGACACCCCGGUCAACAGCCGCUAGGGCCAAAGACUAGUGUCAGCAGUCAAAGUGGAGCGCCAGGACAUGUUCCAUAUAACAAGUUCUUGCAGGUAAGGGUAGUUUUGUAGGGAUUUUUUGGGUUCAGGGGGUUGUUUUUCAAAAUUUUUAUUUCUUAUAUUUCAGCCCCUUUCCGAAUGCGAACAAACCAUCAACGAUCUAAUCGAACAAAUCGGCUCAGACCGUUGGCCCAUCCCUCAAGGCCACCGCCCCCUACGUGCCACAGGAAGCGCCCUAGCCGUGGCCGUCACCCUCCUCGAGACUUGCUUCCCCAACACCGGAGCCAGAAUCAUGAGCUUCAUCGGCGGAGCAUGCACAACAGGACCAGGAAUGGUAUGCAACGAAGAGCUGAAGAGCCCCAUCAGAUCGUGGCACGAUAUCAAGGAAGAUAACGCCAUCUACAUGAGGAAAGCCAUCAAGUUCUUUGACUCGUUGGCUGCCAGAGCUGUGAAGAAUGGCCACGCAAUUGAUGUCUACUCGUGCGCCUUGGAUCAAACUGGUCUAUUGGAGAUGAAGAAUUGCUACAACUUGACUAAUGGUAGGGUUUUAAAAUUUUUAUGUAAAAAAAGGUUGGCAAGGAGAUUUUAAGUCAAACAAAAUUUAAAAUUCAUUAAUUUUUAGGUCACGUCAUAAUGGCAGAUAGUUUUGAGUCAACCCUGUUCAAACAAUCCUUUGCCAAAGUGUUCGAACGAGACUGUAAUGGUCAACUAAAAAUGGCCUUCAACGCGACAAUGGAAGUCAAACUAAGUACGGGUCUAAAAGUGGAGGGAGCUCUCGGAUGUUGUGCUUCAGCCGGUGUCAGAAACCUCAUAGUAUCAGACACAGAGGUGGGCGUGGGCGGAACCUGCCAAUGGAAGUUCUGCUCUCUAACUCCACGAAAUAACGUAGCCUUGAUGUUCGAAAUCAGCGCUCAACAUGGCUCAGCCCUACCACAAGGCAGUCGAGCAGUAGUACAGUUUGUAACACAAUAUCAACAUGCGGACGGUCGAAAACGAAUUCGUGUCACCACCACAGCCAGACACUGGGCCGACAUGGCAUCACAACAAACCUCGAUCGCCUACGGCUUUGAUCAAGACGCUGCGGCUGUUAUGAUGGCAAGAUUGGCUUCGUUCAGGGCGUCGAAUGAGAACGACUCACCAGAUACGAUGCGAUGGUUGGACAGAAGUUUGAUACGACUGAUUCAAAAGUUCUCGGAAUUCCAUGCCAACGACCCCAACUCAUUGAAGAUCAACGAACGAUUCACGGCCUAUCCACAGUUCAUGUUCCACUUGAGGAGGUCUCAGUUCCUACAAGUGUUCAACAAUUCACCGGAUGAAACCGCGUAUUAUAGGUAGGGUUUUGAUAAUGAAAAUGGUUUUGGGGGAGGGAGUGGGGGUGUUUUUUUAUUUUGGGGGUAGAAAUUGCUUUUUUGAAAAAAAAAUUUAGGUAACAAAAUUUUUGUUUUAGGUAUUAAAAGUGAAGUUUAUGAUAUUAAAGGUUAGUUUCAGGUAGCAAAAGUUUAUCUUCAGAUGACUCAAUUUUGUUUUCGAAAAGUUUUCUAUUUUAGGUAAAAAAAAAUUAUUUUUUGAAAAGUUGAAAUUUUAGAUAACUGAAAAAUAAAUUUUUGGUGUAAGUUAAAUAAAAAAUACGGUAUUAUGCCAUUUUAGACACUAAAAUGGAUUUUUUGAAAAAUUAAAAUUUUAGGUAACAAAUUAUUUUUUAUGAUAUUUUAGAAUCUAAUAGACGACAUUUUUCCUAAUAAUAUCUUAUUUUAGACACAUUUUAUUUGUGGAGAACGUUGGUGAAAGCACGUCGAUGAUCCAGCCGAUGUUAUACUCGUACUCGUUCAACGGACCUCCAGAACCAGUACUUCUAGACACGUCCUCAAUACAACCAGACCGUAUCUUGCUUAUGGACGACUAUUUCCACGUCCUAAUCUACCACGGUCAAACUAUAGAUCAAUGGAAGCGGGCCAACUAUCAGGACGAUCCUCAAUAUGCCACCUUCAAACAACUGUUGGAGGCACCGAUUGAGGAUGCCCAACAACUAUUGGCUGAAAGAUUCCCGGUGCCAAGAUAUAUUCAAACUCAACAUGAGGGAUCACAGGUAAGGUUUGACAAUGUUUGGUUUAAAAAAGGGUGUUUAGGUAACAAAAAAUGAUUUUUUUUGGACAUGAAAUGGUAUUUUAGGUAAUAAAAACUAAUUUUUUGGCUAAGAAUUAGUAUUUUAGGUAACAAAAAUUAAUUUUUUGGCUAGAAAUCUGUACUUUAGGUAAUAUAAAUUAUUUUUAUUUGGCUAGGAUGCGGUAAUUUAGGUAACAAAAAUAAGGUUUUUGGUCGAAAAAUGGUAUUUUAGGUAAUAAAAACGAAUUUUUUAAACAAAAAAGAGGAUUUCAGGUAACAAAAAUGACGUUUUUAUGAAAAAUGCUUUUUAGGUAACAAAAUCAUUCAAAAUUCAAAACCAAUUUUCAGGCUCGAUUCCUGUUGUCCAAGGUGAACCCCUCGACCACCCACAACAGCUACCAAUCCCAGGAGGGUAGCGCGGCCGUCUUCACCGACGACGUCAGCUUCCAAGUCUUCACCGACCAUCUGCGCAAGCUCAUCGUCCAAGGCACAAACUAA